AUGGCCAUCAGCGACAUACUCAACCGCCGUGUGCGGGCGCGACCUGACGAGGAUGAUGAAAUCUACUCAGAGCAGUCCAGCGGGGGCGAAGGGGUAUCCCAAGACGAAGAUGAACAUAUUGACGAUUCGAACAGAGAAGAUCUUGAUUCGGAUAACUCACAAGAUGAAUCAGACAACGCAGCCUCCGACUCCGACUCCGACUCCGAAGCCAACGAGCAUGAGCACGAGCGCGAGUCUGACAACUCCUCCGACUCCGAAUCUGACCCCAACGAGGACAUCAAAGAAUCACUAAGCAACAUCUCCUUCGGCGCCCUCGCCAAAGCCCAAGCCUCCAUGGGCCCCAAAAAGCGCAAAAAUAAACCCUCCACAUCCGCCCCCGAAUCCGAACCCACCUCAACCGCCUCUCCACUUGACGACAUCCGCGCAAAGAUCCGCGCAGCACGCGAGCAGAAGCGUGAAGCUGCAGCCAAGGCACUCGACACUACCUCCACCUCCACAGGUGAUGGGGCUCGACAGAAGAAAGCCGCGCGAUCCUCCAAACAUGCGCCCAUGGUGCAAUCAUCCAAAUACGCCGUCUCCCGCAAACGCGUGAUCGUCGAGCCCUCUUCUGCCCCCAAAGCGCGCGAUCCCCGCUUCGACGCAGCCGUCAUGGGCCACAGCGGAAAAGGUAACAACACGCAAGCCUCCGAAAAGGCAUACUCUUUCCUAGACGAGUACCGUGCUUCGGAAUUACGCGAUCUUAAGCGACAGAUGGCGCAGACCAAGAAUCCCGAAGCCAAGGAAGCUUUGAAACGACAAAUUCGCUCGGCGACGGACCAGCAAAAGGCGCGAGAGAACAAAAAGCGCGAGGAGGCUGUGAUUGCGGAACACAAGAAGAAGGAGAAAGAGGCGAUCCGGGAUGGAAAGAAGAGUACACCGUAUUUCUUGAAGAAGUCGGAUCUGAAGAAACAAGUGAUGCAGAAAAAGUACGAGGAGAUGGGAUCGCGCGAUCGAGCCAAGGCUUUGGAACGACGGAGGAAGAAGUUGGCUUCGAAGGAGAGGAAGGAAAUGCCCAUGGAGAGACGUGGGUUCGAAGGUAUGGAUGGUGGACCGCCUGCUCGUGGGGGAGGUGGAGGGGGAAAGAGAAGGAGGCUGGAAUAG